GUUGUUGUUGUGACCGACAAACAGUCAAUCGUUCAUUUAUUUAUAUUUGUACUCCGAAAUAAACAGAAGAUUGUUUAAUUUCACUUUGGCGAUGGCGAGUUUGGAUGAAAAGUGGGAAGCUGUGGACAACUUUGAGUCUGUUGUGGUAGAUCGUGAAAGAGAUGUUGUUCGAGUGACAAAAGAACUGUAUGAUCUUCAUAGCAACAGAGAACAACUCAGGGGUGUAACAAGUAGUUGCGACUAUCGCUUGACGAUACCAUUUGCCCCCCAUCUCUUUGGCUCAGGCAAAACGACCUUUGCCCGAACCUAUUUGGAGUUGGUGCAAAGGUUUGGUGAAACUUUUCUGUCGACGUUUGCUUCGGACCCUUCGAGGAGAACCUUUUUGGAGAAGCUGAAAAGGGCUUCGUUGCUCUUUGUGGAUUUGAGGGAGUUGAAGCCCACAGAACCGAAAGAACGCAACCUGGAGUGGGCAGUCUACUAUUUGUUAAUCAAGGCUGCUUGUUUGCAAUCAGGUCUUCUGCAACCAGACCCGGACGAAUGUUUCAAGGAACUGAAACUUAGGAGUGAUGUUUUGGUUCAGAAAAUCCAUUCAAUCGUAAACACUCCUUCCGAUCAAUAUCUUCUUAUAGCAUUUGAUGAAGUUGGUGUCCUAGACGAAAGUCUCGACGAAUUUCAUUUCAAGAGAACCCACGGCGGUAGAGUUCGACCUUACAAUGACUUUUUCGGUACCAUUAGUCAAUUGUGCGAAGAACCCGACUUGUUUGUUAUAGUUGUUGGGAAAAGCAAGGGUUUAAGUAUUAAGAAUGAUGUGGCUUUUGGGCUAUCAAGAGUUAUACUACAUUUUAUCCCUUUAUCACCUUUGGACGCUUCCAGUAUCGUUGAAUUCCUUGAAAAGAGUCUUCUUGAGACACCUACUCAAGAACCGGUUUGUAAUGUCUUAUGUAGUUCUUCAUUUUCAGUAAAUGAAUUGGCAGAUUCGUUAUUGGAAUGUACAGGUGGAGUUCCUGGUUUGUUGACUCGUGCAGUAAAUAUGCUUUUGAAUUAUAUAAUACCAAGAAAUCAGCCUUUCAUAUCGAAAGAAGAAUGUUUGACUUGUAUGAAUGACUACGAUUUCCGAAGAAUUUGUGCUGAACCAUUUGUGGAACGAAUAUUGAAUUUGGACGAAGAUAGAAAAAGUGUUUUUGAUUUACUUUUGAUGAUGGCUCUUUAUCGUAUACCGUCUAAAGUAGAUGAUAGAUUGACCUCGGAGUCCUUUUUAUAUGAUGCAGUCACUGAAAUGGGAUUAUAUCGAUAUCCUAUUGACGAGAAUACUUUUCAAGUCCUAAUUCCGAAAGUAUUUGUUGUAAUCUUCAAGAACGACCCUUCCAUAUCUUCUUUGGAAAAGAUACUUCUUGGAUCACUCGAUGUCGAACCAGUAGAUUGUUUCUUCUAUUCAAAGUGUCGUGUAUUUGAAGGAAUUGUUGCACUACGGCUAGUUUUGAUGUUGUCUUCAAAGAAUCGAAAUGAAUUGAGGGAAUUGUUGUGUCAAUUGUCUUCGAUAUGGAAACAAAUGAAACUAA